CAAAGUCCCCCCCCCCUGCCUUAUCCUCCUCCCUCACAAAUCUCUCUCGCUUCUUCUCUUCUCUGCGGCCAUUGAGUCUCUCUCUCUCUCUCUAUAUAUAUAUAUAUAGGUAUACUCCUCCCUCUGCUCCCCCUGUUUUUUAGGAUCUUAUUCAAGCAGAUCACUCUCUUCUCCAAUUCAUUGGACUUGGUUUCUUACUUUGAUUGCAUUGCUUUCCUCCUCCUCCUCCUCCCUGAUUGUAUUUCUUCUUGCCUCAAUCUUAGACAUAGACCUAGAGAUAAAAUUUGAUCAACGCUUCUUAUUCAGCCGUAAAGAAUGGCAGCUGAUCAGAGGAGAAAGAGGAUGAACAGUGCCAAUGUGAUUGCUUUCAGCUCCAGGGAGCAUUACAGAGCCAAGAGGAAAAAGCUCGGUUCACCACCACCAGAUGGUAGUGGUGCUUUGCGUUUGAGAGAUCACAUCAGUCUUGAAUGGGACGGCAACCGAAGUAAAGUGGUCUCCAAGAGGGAACAAGUCGGACUAAGUCUAAGGCAUCUUCGAGAGUUUGUUGAUUUUGUUCCUCCGACGAGGCGGAGUCUCUUGGCACAAGUAUGCCUCGUCCCUCGUGAAACUCUCCAGCUUGAAAAUCUCUCAGGGGUGCUUUCUACUGAGGUGUGGCGGAGCUGUCUAUCUGAUGGCGAAAGAAACUAUCUGCAGCAGUUCCUUCCUGAAGGAGUUGAUGUGGAGCAAGUUGUAGAGCAAUUGCUUGAUGGGGAGAAUUUUAAUUUUGGAAAUCCUUUUCUUGAUUGGGGAACAAAUGUCUGCUCCGGCAAAGCUCAUCCAGAUCAAAUUGUUUCUCAGGAGGAAUGCCUGAGGGCUGAUAAAAGGAGAUAUUACGCGGAUCUUGAAAAAUACCAUAAUGAUAUUAUAGACUCUUUGCAGAUGUUGAAGGAGAAAUGGGAAAGCUGCAAAGAUCCAGAGAAGGAUGAUCUUAAGAUGUGGGGGAGAUCAAGUGAAGGCAAUGCACUUGUAAAUGGUAGCUGCCAUGAUCUAGCUGCUGCCUCGGAGUCUUGUUCCCGGAAUGCAGAUGAUAAACCAUGCAAGAGUGAUAGGAGUGGAGAGGUUCAGAGAAGGUCCAAGAGUUCUCCUGUAGAGAAAGAAAAUGUUCGAAGUCCCUUGAUUGCUCCAGAGAAUGUUGUAAACGUGGGCGUGAAAGCUAGCAAAAAGGACAAGAUACCGAAACAUAGUAUUCAGCAAACUGAUGGUGCUAAAUACAUGUCCUACCUUAAGAUAAGCAAGAAGCAUCAUCAGAUUGUCACAAGCAUGAAGCAGUCUGGUAAAAGUAUUCAGUUGAAAGCACUUGAUCGAAUCUUGGGCAACAUCAGCGAUUUGGAUGUUCAACCAUACGGAUUGUUUGUGGAAGAAGAACAGAAGAAACUGAACGCUCACUGGCUGCAACUUGUUAAAGAUCUUCCUGCAGCAUAUGCAAUCUGGAAAAAGCUGCAGUCACAGAAACGAGAUGUAAUCAACUCUGUGGGUAGAGAAUUAAAGGACAAACUCAAUCCGUUGAUGGAGGAUAAACAACUGCACUCUGCUCCGCAGAGGCAUGAUGUUCAAUUAGACUUGCUGAGGAACGAUCCAGAAAGCUUGAAUCCAAAUCAGAGUGGUGAUUCAGCACCGGACGAUGAAGAUUCUGGAGGUUUUGGUCAAGUUUAUGCCAGACGUCACUCCCUUUCAAAGGAUUCGUCGUCUGACGUUGAUCAAAUCACGGAUUCAGGUAGGUGCGUGCAAGUUGGUACCUAUCCCACACAGGUUUCCUCACCAGAUUGUGAUAAGGCCAAUCUAGCGGAUAUAGAAGAAAAACAAUAUUCUUCUCCCAGCAGAUAUCAUCAUCCCCUUAAUCGAAUGGAUGUUGAAGCAAAUGGUUAUUCCAGCUCCAUACAGAGCCAGUUUCUCCUACAGGCCUCAUUUCCUAGUGAGUCCCACCCUUCAGAUCUCGGAAACGCGAUUCCUGUAGGCAAAAACUGUGUACCAGAAGUGGAGAAGGAUUCGUCAGUCACUUCAAGCCAUGGAGAAGAAGAGUUGCAGUUUCUUUCUGGUGGAGAUGUGUGGCAACCGUUGGGAGGAGGACUUAGGCAGUCCUAUAUUGGCCGCCAAGCUUACACCCCCAGUGGUGGAUUGUCAAUCAUACACCAUCCUGAAGGUGGCGAAGAAGAGAAGAACUGUUUCAUUCACCUUGAGCCUGAAGAAGUUGAUAGAAGGAAGAACCAAAAUGAACUACUGCUCCAGUCUCUAUUUAAAGGCCAAGGUGUGGCAUCUGGUACCACUGAGCAGCUUCACUCUCUUCUUAGUGUCCCGCUUAACGAGGAGCAUAAACGAAUUAUGAACAUUGGUUUUCAGCAGGAAGGAAGCAACAAUCUGAUGGAGGGGGCAAGUCAGUUCCAGCAUCAGAUGACUGCGCCACAGGAACUACUGUCUCAGGACCAGCAAAGACAAGUUGAUAUCUAUGGCCACCAAGGGAGCAUGUCAGAGAACAUUUACUGUGGUGGACGUGGAUUCUUGAUGCAGCGGCCGGACUGGAACUCCACCAGUGUUGCUCAGAUUGGAGUCACCACCACACAGCCCCUGUUGAACACUGGCGCUUUGUUAAACCAGAACUGGCAAUUUAAGAGCAUGUGGACAAACACAAACGGUGUUGGAUGUGCAGCAAGCCAAGGAAGUCAUACAGGAACGACCGAGAGAGAUCUGAACCUUCUCAGGGGUGCUACUAACGCUGACCCAAUCAUUCAUAGGGGAAUUGGUUCAGAUCAAAGCUUGUUCUCUGUUCUCUCCCAGUGCAGUCAACUGCGCCGCUCCAGAUCUGCUUUUGAGCCAGAAAGUUCGAGUGACCAAGUGGUUGCAUCCGGUAACUACGAAAUGCUCAUGGGGGGAAACACAACUCAUGUAGGUAAUAGCAGUUUGGCUCUGCCUACGAACAACCCGCUUGAUUACUUGAGCGGUAGCAACAACCCGGUAACAACGUUGAUGCCAGAGGAUGUAACGUGGAUGAACAAUCAGAGUCGCCAGAACUCUGGUCUCCAUGACCCUCUAGGCAAGCUGUAUCCAAGGUCAUGGAAUCCAUAACCAUGUUUUUUUUUUUGAAGUUUUGCAUUAGAGAAGACGCACACGGGUGUCAUCUUUAAGAUUAUACAAAACCCAAUAUGGGUCUCCUAGUUUCUAUUUAUUUAUCUGUUCAUGUACAUAGAAAGAUACAGAGGAACUUUUGUUUGGUACAUAUUUAGGUUUUGAGAUAUGGACUAGGAAAAAAGGUUGAGGAUACUUCAGCUCCCUUUUUAUAUUGGUUCUUACAUUGUC